AUGGAGGAGGGAUCUCUGAUGAGCUAUGAGCGAGGACGCAUCUCAGGAGGAGCUAUGAGCGAGGAUACUUUCAAAGAGCUGUGUACCAGAAAGUUCCCUUCAUAUGAAGAUUUGUCCAUCUUAACAGGGCUGUUCAGUCUCCCUGUCUGCCUGCCUGUCUGUCUCCCUGUCUCUCUGCCUGUCUGUCUCCCUGUCUCCAGGUCUAAGAAGUUCCAGUCCUUCAUCGACAGCUGCCUGGUGAAGAGCCACAGCCAGCGGCCGAGCACCGAGCAGCUGCUCAAACACCCGUUCAUCAGGGACCUCCCCAACGAUUGUCUCCACCUACAGCAACAGCGCCGGGAGCGAGAGAUGAGGAAGCAGCAGGAGCGAGAGCAGAGGCGGAGGUACGAAGAGAUGGAGCAGCUCCGGCGAGAGGAGGAGAGGAGGCACGCAGAGAGAGAACAGGAGUAUAUCCGUAGACAGCUGGAGGAGGAACAGAGGCAGCUGGAGAUCCUGCAGCAGCAGCUCCUGCAGGAGCAGGCUUUACUGCUGGAGUACAAGAGGAAGCAGAUCGAGGAGCAGCGGCAGGCCGAGCGGCUGCAGAGGCAGCUGCAGCAGGAGCGAGCGUACCUGGUGUCGCUGCAGCAGCAGCAGCAGCAGGAGCCGCCGCGCCCGCCGCCGCCGCAGGACAAGAAGCAGCUGUACCACUACAAAGACCAGGCGCCCAGCACCAACGACAAGCCGGCCUGGGCCAAAGAGGUGAUGCGUCGAGCUCAGAGCAACUCGCCUCGCGUCCCCCCCAAGAAAUACCACUCCUUCAGGGAGACGAGCAACAGCGACAUCCUGAGCAACCUGCUCCUACUCCCCGGGUACAAACCCCCCCGCCCCCGCCCCCCUUCCUACCCAGCUCACGUCAGUCCUACUAGGGAUCAUCAACACCACUUGCCUCAGAUCCAGGUCACCUGUGUGCCGGAGAUGCGCCAGCAGAGCCCCAGCAGGAGCCCCGAGAGGAGCCCCGAGUCCAGGGGCCGGAGCCCCGAGUCCAGGGGCCGGAGCCCCGGGCGGCGGGUCAGUCGGAGGCUGAACUCACUCUUCACUCCUCAUUCUCCCCGUCUCCUUUCUGACCUCCUAACUAACCCCGGGGCCAUGAUUCCCUCUUUAAUCACUCCGGCCCAGAUGUUGUCCGGUCCGGUGGGAUCCAGUCUGUGUCCGAGGGUCCGAUACGAAGACAGGUGGUGGGUUCUGAUGCAGACUGCUCUGCUGUGUGUCCCCCAGGUUCCUCAGAGGACCACCUCCAUCUCUCCCGCUCUGGUCAGGAAGCACUCUCCCGGAAAUGGGCCGGGCCUGGGGCCUCGGGCCGGAGCCCACCUCAUACGGGCCAGCAACCCUGACCUGCGGAGGACCGACGUCUCCAUGGAGACGCCCCUGAAGAGGACGAGCAGCGGCAGCUCCUCAAGCUCCAGCACCCCCAGCUCCCAUGGAGGCUCCAAUGAACGAGAUCUUUGGCUCCAGGUGGAUCCCUUCCUUCCUUCCUUCCUUCCUUCCCUCACUCACGCUCGUUUCCUCCCCCUCUUUCUCCUCCACUUCCCUUUCUCAGUUUUCCAACAUCUGAGCCAGAAAGUGUUCUCCACCCUGAGCACACGAUGCAGGACUGAGUUUUUCUGUGAUCUGCAGUACGGGAUGGGCGGCGGCGGCGGGGGCUCCAAGUCUUCCUUCACGCCGUUUGUAGACCCGAGGGUGUACGGGACCUCCCCGACGGACGAUGACGAUAACAUCUCUGCCUCAGGGAAGAAGAACAAGCUGCGUGUCUACUACCUGUCCUGGCUGAGGAACAGGAUAUUACACAACGACCCGGAAGUGGAGAAGAAACAGGGCUGGAUCACCGUGGGGGAGCUGGAGGGCUGCGUGCACUACAAAGUCGUGAAAUACGAGAGGAUUAAAUUUCUGGUGAUUGCUCUGAAGAACGCCGUGGAGAUCUACGCCUGGGCGCCUAAACCUUACCACAAGUUCAUGGCCUUCAAGUCGUUCACUGACCUGCAGCAUCGCCCCCAGCUGGUCGACCUGACUGUGGAGGAGGGACAGAGGUUAAAGGUCAUCUACGGCUCCAGCGUGGGCUUCCACGUCAUCGAUGUGGACUCUGGAAACCCCUACGACAUCUACAUCCCCUCACAUAUUCAGGGUCAGGUGACCCCGCACGCCAUCGUGGUUCUGCCCAAGACGGACGGCAUGGAGAUGCUGCUGUGCUACGAGGACGAGGGCGUCUACGUCAACACCUACGGACGCAUCACCAAAGACGUGGUGCUGCAGUGGGGCGAGAUGCCCACCUCCGUCGCAUACAUCCACUCCAACCAGAUCAUGGGCUGGGGAGAGAAGGCCAUUGAGAUCCGCUCCGUGGAGACGGGACACCUCGACGGAGUUUUCAUGCACAAGCGAGCUCAGCGACUGAAGUUCCUGUCGGAGAGGAACGACAAGGUUUUCUUCGCCUCGGUGCGUUCUGGAGGCAGCAGUCAAGUCUUCUUCAUGACCCUCAACAGAAGCUCCAUGAUGAACUGGUAACCUUUCUCCAUCGACCCAGAACCCUCCUCUUCUUCACCCUGAUCAUCGCCCGACAUCAGGAGCGAGGGAUGCCAGGAGGACAGUGUGUGUAUGUGUGCGUAAACCAUAUGUGUGUGUGUGUGUGUGUGUUUGUGGAGGAAAUCAACGAGUUGCUGAACGGACGGUUGAGCAGCUGGAGGACGAGUAUGGAUGGAGGAAAGGUGUCUCCACGCACCGACGCCGGCAGACGCCUUCCCCAUUCCCUGCGGACAGUUUGAUUGGGCGGAUGGUUGUUCUUCGAGGGUUUAGAUCCAGACUUUAAAGGACACUGCCAUCAUGCCGAGUAGCCUUUGACUUCCCCGAUUGAUCGGACGGGGUAGCUGCGGAGAAGUUCUCUGUGUAGCACAUUAAUGAUUUCUCACAGGGUGUUCACACUGCGAGCACGAUUGGUUGUUGGACUCUGCUUGUUGGUGCUGAAUCCAAUCAGGCGUAUUAUACUGCGCUGCGUUGUCGUGAGUAACGUUACCGGUUGGUAAGGUCUGGACUGAACCAAAAUCCCUUCAGUAGAUCCCCGCUAAGCCGGCUGAAGUUCUCCCCCUACUCUGGCCUUGUGUUUUUCUCUUCCAAAUAUAUUAGCUCAUUGAAAACAAAGUACAUCAGUUGAUAAACGCUAACCAAAUAUUUUAUCGUGGACAAGCAGGAAUGAACAUCCGACUCCCCAGACACAGUCGCUGCUGACUAGAAGAGACCGUAGUCUCCUUUGCAAUCUGUGAUUUUUGGAUAGUUUAGAAGACACUCGUGAAGGAAACAUGGUGAAAUCUUUGGUCGUGAAUCCUGACGACGGUCCUAGGUUUUGUUCCUCCGCCAACAAUGAAGUACAACCCACAUCUAAUAAACCAAAAUACGGCAUGUAAGGACACAGAACACUGAUGUAAUGCUACAGCUGAAAACAUUACCUCAAAGUCACUUUGCAAAAUGGAAAAUGUGAGCGCUGUGGAUGAAGCUUGUUUUUCCAUCAUAUUCAAAACCUGAGAAGGAGUGUUGAGAGUGCAAGUGUCUCUUCUUGCACCGGUUUGUUUUUCAAUCAAUAUUAAGAGCUACAACUCAGCAUUCAAAAUUCAUCAGACAAUCUGCCUCAGUG